CUGGGAUUGAGAAAGCCGGCGGUACACGCCGUCGCAUCACACGAUCUCACCAUCUGCCGCCUGAUAUUCGGCAAAUCCGUUGCCUUUAGCCGCCGCCGAGGACGUCGUAUGCUACGACCGAGGCAAAUCGCGAUCAAAAUAUCCAUUUUCUUUAAUGUUAUUAAGGAAUCCAGCAACAUGGCUAAUCUGCUAAGAAAUGCCUUUCACCGUGCCAGGACAUCUACCCCUUUCAUCUCCUUUUUAUACAGAAAUGCUGAUGUGUGCUUUGGAGUGCCUUUUGCUGGUAUUUGCUGCUAUCUGUACAUCGAUAAUAAGGAUUUUGGUGGCCAUUGGGAACGGCGAAAAUUAGAAGCUAAACUUGACUUAAAGGAGAAGUCAGAAGAACUGUCCUCCCUUAGGGAAAAAAGGGCGGAAUUGGAGGCUGGUAUUGAUAGGUUAAAAGUAGAAAGCAGGAAGGGUGGGGAAACAGGAAUGGUGGGAAAAGAAAGUGGAAGGUAUGAAGCUCGGGGUUGGUUUGGAUAGGAGUUCUUUAUUCCAGUACUUAGUAAAACGAAUCCUGGGGUAUGAAAUAUUUAGUACGUAACAUCUCUACGUAUUUGAUUAAUUUUUUUACUGUUCAAACAAUAAACAGUCGUCCCCUUAGUAUGUACCAUCUCUACUAGUUUGAUCUUAGGUGGUGGCUGAACGAUUAGAUCUAUAAACAUUUGGAUCCUUGUACUUCCUGUCUCUUCGACUCUGAAUGCACAUUUGCCAGUCUUACUUGCUUGAGUAAUUUAAUUUGUGUAAAUA